AUGGCUUCAAGGAGAGAUAUUUAUAUGGGUAUUGGCACUGAGCAAGGGCACCAGUUCCUAUCGGGAACCCGCCGGGCACGGACCAGGGCUGGGAUCUUUUCAGGGAGAGCUCACCAAGCCCCACGUUUCCACUGGCAGAAGCCGGGCAAAGCUGCCCCCUCCCCUCCCCACCGCACCGCACUGCCCUCGGGCCGCAGCACCGUCCCAGGCCCAGAAGGGCCCGUCGGCAGCCCCGAGGGCGGCGGCCGCGGCGGCCGCGGCGGCCACCCCGGCCCCGAGGCCCCGGCCCCUCCGCCGGAGCCGCCCCCGCCAUGGCGCCGGUACCUCCGGUACCGCCGUUACCGCCGGCUCCGCCCGCGCUGCGUCACGGCCGGGCCGCGCGGGAAGGGCCCCGGGGCCGCUCCGUGCCCGGCUCCUGGCGCGGCGGAGGAAGCCAGGGAUAAGCGCUCCGAGGGGACGAAGGCCGCCGCCCCCACGGAGGGAGGAAAGCGGCGCCAGGGCUUGGCCGAUAAAGACACAAUGAAAGGAAAAAAGGCACGAUCCCAUUCUGAAGAUUUAAAUGUGGCUCCAGUGGAAGAACAAGCAAAGCCAAAGUGUGCUAACACAUACAGACUGGAGUCCCGUAAUAAAUUUCGGGAUUGUUUAGUAAGAGACAAAGCUCAACAAAUACUAACGAGUAAACUUCAACAUGCCAAAUACGAUGGAGUUUCUAGUCCCUCCUUGUGUGCUUCAAUCUCAGAAGAAAUAUUAAAGGCUGUGAAGGAAUUCGGCUUUGACCGUUAUAAAUAUGUGGUAUCAGUGCUAAUUGUGGAAAAGACAGAUCAGGCAAUGAUUGUUGCCAGCAGAUGCCUCUGGGAUGUUCAAAGAGACACUUGGGUUUCAGCUAAAUGUGAAACUGAAACAUUUAUUGCCCUGGCUUUGGUAAUGGCUUGUUACUACGACUAAUAUUUUGAAAGCCACAGAUGGAUUCGUGCAUCACAGUACGUGGUACAUUUGAAAAUUUUCAGAGCAUCAUUAUUUUAGUAUUCAUUUUUGUCCUGUUGCUGUUGGCACAUUGAAACUGACAUACAGUUGCGAUAAUUUUCCUCUUUUUUUCUCUGUUAAAAAAAAAAAAAACAACCCCAAAAAACACUUUGGAAAUGUUUAUGGUUGAGUACAUAUGGGUUUCAUCUGUUGAAUGCUCUGCUGUGCAAGUGAAAGCAGCUGGUGUUAAGGCCAAACAUUGGAAAAUUUUGAAUGUUGCUUGUCUGUUGUGUGCCUAGGACUAGUGUUUACACGAAAUUGCAGGUAUCAGUUUUCUUAAAAGCAUGCUUUUUGUAA